GUUAUAACAAAACAAGGCACCAAAGAUGGCCGCCCACAUCAGUUGACAAGAAAUAGCGGAGUUUGUUUUUGUUGUUCUUCCUUACUCUAAAGCCGGAGCCUUAUGAACGUGUCGUUACUAUAUUGAUUGGGACCAUUGGAAGUCGGACAUUCAAAGGCCUCACCAAACCCAUCUCAUGAUCAUCUAAUCAUCAUCAACAGCGCCCCAAACGCUGAGCAUUAUGUCUGUAUACCAUGAGCGACAGAAGUGGGAGCUGUGCGCUUUACACGCCCUCAACAAUGUGUUCCAGGACGGCCAAGCAUUCAGUAAACAACUAUUGGAUGAACUCUGUCAAAAUCUUUCACCAGGAUCAGUACUGAAUCCACACAAGAGCAUGCUUGGACUAGGAAACUAUGACGUCAAUGUCAUCAUGGCUGCUCUACAACACAAGGAAUGUGAAGCCGUGUGGUGGGACAAACGGAGAUGCCUAGCGGAACUCAGACUUGACGUCCUGCUGGGUUUCAUCAUCAACAUUCCCUCACCCAUGCAGCUGGGCUUCGUCAGCGUACCGAUCCGCCGCAAACACUGGAUCGCUGUCCGUCAGAUUGACGGCACGUACUACAACCUAGACUCCAAACUCAGCAAGCCCGUUACGAUCGGAGAAGACGGCAAGCUGCGGAGUUUCUUGGAGACUCAGCUAAAACUAAAAGGGUGUGAGCUGUUGCUGGUUGUGACGAAGGAGGUGGCAGAGUCAAGAACAUGGCUGAAGUGACCCGUGCUAGUUUAAGGAUAGAGACAGUCAUGUUGAACUUUUGUCAUGACUGACCUUCCUCCGUAGAAAAAUAAUGCUGAUAACAGGCCUGUAUGCUUCGUUUUUGAAACGGUAAGGACACCAAAGCAUUUUUCUCCUUGGUAAAUGGCACCC